AUGGGGUAAGUUGGAAAUUUCAAUGAACUUUCUUAUGCAAUUAAGAGAAACUUUUCAUUUUAAUGAUUAAAAGAAUGUAUAAGGUAGUCUGUUUACAUAUAUCAUAUAUAUUUUGGUGAUCUGUUUAUUUUCGGAAUAUUUUUCAUGUAUUUUUAACAUAUCCCUUUUUUAGUACUGUAUACAACAACUGAAUAAAUACGAAGAAAGAUAAUUCCUUUUUUCUGUGGUAAUUUUCCGAUGCAAAUCUAUCAAAAAAAAAUAACCUAUUUCUUAUACCUUGUUACAUUUAUAUUUCGUAACAAAUUCUAGUUAGUGUUAAUCGAUCGAAGAUAAACGUUACAUAUAAUUGCGUUAAUGUAAUUUCUCAUUUGUAAAAUGAAUACAAUAUAUUUAAUUUUUUAAUGUAUAUUAAGCAUCUUGAAUAAAGUUUAUGUUAAUUUACGGAUUAUGUGCGUUAACAUAUAGUGAUAUUAAUAUAUUAGUAUAAUAUGUUAAUUGUUUGAUUACAUUUUAGUACAUCGGAUUUAGAAUGUAUAGAGUCUAAGAGAGACAUGGUUACUAUAGAUUCUGAAUCUGACAUGUUAGUUGAUCAAAGAAAGAAAAAGAAAAGAAAGCAUAAACAUCACAAGCAUAAGAAAGAUAAAUUAAUUGAAAGAGAAGAUGGAAGAAUAGAACGUCAAGAACGGAAAAGACACAAGAAACAUAAACGACCUAAAAAAGAAAGAGAAGUUGAAAAUGGAUCAUUAGAUGACAAGACGUCACGCGUAAUUCAAAAAGAUUUAGGUGUAAAUGGCAAAGUGAAAAAUUCUUUAUUAGAAGUGGUUUCUACUGAAGAAAGUGAAGAUGAGAAAUUAGUAGAUUUAGAUUCAGAUGAGGUAGACUGUACAAUCAUUGAAGAUGAUAUUGAUCUUGAAGAAUUAAUGAAACAAAAGGAACGAUUGCAAGCAUGCUUAGUACAAUAUCUUUCGGACGAAUCUGAGAAAGAGGAUAAAGAGCCUGAUCAAGAUGAAAUAAAAGCUACUGAAACACCUGAUGUUAUACUUGUAGAGGAUGAUAGUGAAAAUGACAAUAUACCGCCCAAAAAGCGGGCUAGGAGUAAGUCUGGUAGUAGAGAACGCAAAAAAAUUGCAAAACCGGAGAGGCGUGUAGUAGUAGAUAUGACUAGGGAUCGUAGGAGUCGAGAAGAACAUAAAGAUAAACGAAGAGAACUAGAAAGGAGACGGGAUGAAAAAGUUCGCACUAAAGAGGAACCUAGAAAAGACGAUAAAAAAGAUGAUAGACAAGUGCGGAAACCAAGCGAUAGACACAAGGAAGAUUCCCGAAAAGAAGAUAGUAAAAAACGAGUAGAAGAUGAUAAGCGUAAAGAUUCUAUUAAAAGAGAUGAAUCACGCAAAAGAGAACAAGAUAAAAGGGAAGAAGAACGAAGACGAGAAACAGAUCACCAUAAUUCCAGAUCCCGUAAUGAAUACAAAUCGUUAGACAAGACGGAUAAAUCUAGACGCGAUAGUCGUGAUAGAUUAGAAAAUCGAGACCGACAAAAUAGUCGAGACCGGCAUAUAAGUCGCGAUAGACAUGUUAGUAAAGAUCGUCAUGUUAGUCGGGAUCGUCAUAUUAGUAGAGAUCGACACAUUAGUCGAGAUCGACAUAUCAGUCGAGACCGGCAUGCUAGUCGGGAUCGUCAUACCAGUAAAGAUCGACUACCUAGUCGUAGUCGAGACAGACCUGCUAGCAGAGACCGACAUAGUCGUGAUAAAAGAGAUAGUAGAGAACGUCCUACUAGUCGCGAUCGGCCCAGAGAUGGUAGAAGUAGUCGCGAUCGUAAUGACAUACGAGAUCGACGAGAUAGUCGAAACCAGGAUCGAAUUAGAGAACGCUCAAGAAGUACAAGAAGAUCUCGUAGUCCUGUUAGAAGUAGAUUGGACAGAGAUCGAAAUGAUCGAUAUAAACGUUCUAGAUCGCUUUCUCGAAGUAGAAGAGAUAGGGACAAACAUACUAGAGAUCAUGAUAAAAGAGAGAAAAAUGGUAAAAGGGAACGUAAUGAUAAAUUUAAAGAUUCUUUAUCUGAAGGACUCAAAAUAGAGCAUUCAGAAACGUCAAGCGAAGAAGAUAUCAAAGACAUUGAUAUUGAAGAAGAAGAAGACGAGGAAGCUAUUAUUGAACGUAGAAGAAAACAAAGAGAAGAACUUUUAAAAAGGUUAGGAGGACCAAAUGAAGACUCAAAUAUGUCCGCUGAAAUUAAUACUGUUCCUGCAACUCCACCUUCUGAAAGUCAAUCAAAUGUUUCACAAAAGUCAAUAGAAGUAUCGUCUAAUAAUAACGAAUCCACUUCAGAGAGUCAUACCCCACCACUGCCCGAAAAACCAAAAUCGCCACAAAUUAAAAAGAGAAAAUCUAGAUUUGAGGAUGCCCCAUCCGAAGAGAUAGAUAAAAAUGAAGAUACAAAACCAACAGAAAAAAUUAAACAAGAAGAGAAACAAAAUGCAAAAAAGUCGAACGAGUGGGACAUGUUCGCCGAAGCGGACAAUAUUGGUGAUUUUAAUAGUACGGGUGGGUGAAACGUUAGAUUCUCGGUAUGUUGUUUAUGGAUAUACUGGUCAGGGUGUAUUUAGUAAUGUUGUAAGGGCUAGAGAUACUGCUAGAGGCAAUUUAGAUGUUGCUGUAAAAAUAAUAAGGAACAAUGAAAUAAUGCACAAAACUGGCCUUAAAGAAUUAGAAAUUCUUAGAAAAUUGAAUGACGCAGAUCCAGAAGACAGAUUUCAUUGUUUGCGACUUUUCAGGCAUUUCUUUCAUAAAAAUCAUUUAUGUAUGGUUUUUGAACCUUUAGCCAUGAAUUUAAGAGAAGUUUUAAAAAAAUAUGGAAAAGACGUUGGUUUACAUGUUAAAGCGGUAAGAUCGUAUACGCAGCAACUUUUCCUUGCUCUCAAAUUAUUAAAACGUGCAAAUAUUCUGCAUGCUGACAUCAAACCGGAUAACAUUCUAGUCAGUGAAAGCAAAUUGGUAUUAAAACUGUGCGAUUUUGGCUCAGCAUCUCAUGCUCAUGAAAAUGAGAUAACACCGUAUUUAGUAUCAAGAUUUUAUCGAGCACCUGAAAUUAUUCUUGGUAUACCGUAUGAUUUCGGCAUUGACAUGUGGUCUGUGGGAUGCACCAUAUACGAAUUAUACACGGGGAAAAUAAUGUUUUCGGGCAAAACGAACAACCAAAUGUUGAAAUUCUUCAUGGAUUUAAAAGGCAAAAUGCCUAAUAAGCUGAUUAGGAAAGGCUCAUUCAAGGAUCUACAUUUUGACUCUAACUGCAAUUUCCUGUAUCAUGAAGUUGAUAAGGUCACGGAGCGGGAGAAAGUGGUAGUGAUGUCUACGUUGCCUGCCACUCGUGAUCUAAACGCAGAAUUAGGUGGAAAUUCUUUGCCACCAGAACAAAGCCGAAAAGUUGGGCAACUAAAGGAUCUUUUGGAACGAACAUUAAUGUUGGAUGCAGGAAAAAGGAUUACUGUGAACCACGCCCUGGCGCACCCAUUUAUACAAGAAAAGAUCUAG